UUUAAUAAUGAUUUUUAUGAUUCCUAAAACAUAUUGCUAAAGUGUAAACGUAAACUGUACAACAUACACGAAAACUUGCGAAGAAAGUGUGUAACAAAGUAGCAAUGAAAUAACACAAGCAGCAGCAUGUCGCGCAAGGUUAAUCGAUUAAAGCAAUAAACUCGAUCUAUCGAGCUUACCACUUCAAAUCCUAAUUAAUCUUCAAUGAUUAAACGAAUAUCUCCCCUAUCGUAAAAUAGUUGAAGCAGCAAUAAAACGUCCAUUCAAUUCGAUUAUUUUUGUCCGUUAGAAAUGAUCGAAGAAUCAAAUACCACUGGCGUUUGAGGAGCGGAGUUCAGUGACCAAAGCAUUGAACAGUCAAAUCGGUUAACCGACUUAACCAGUUGGAUGCUGAUCGUGUAAAGAGGCUUAAUCCUUUAAUCAUUUAACCACGUGCGGCAUUAGUGGCGGCAAUAAAGCGGAGGGGGUGGAUUUAAAAUAGCAUUAGAUAGGCAGUGUGCCGUCAGUCGGGCUCGAACAACGAGAGUAGUCGUCGUCCAACCGUGUCAGCGAUUGAGCGAAUUGCAACGACAGUAUUUUAACGAUAUUAUCACUGAACAUGGAUUCGUUUCUUCGUUUACUCGGCAUCUCGUCCGACGAUAAUAGAAUCGAUCAGGCCACUGGGCUCACGGAGAAACAGAAGAAAUUAGUGCAAAAUACGUGGAGUAUAAUAAGAAAGGACGAAGUAGGUGCUGGAGUUCUUGUUAUGUGCGCAUUUUUUAAAAAAUAUCCAUCGUAUGUACAAUAUUUUGAAGCUUUCAAGGACAUUCCAUUAGACCAGCUGCCGGAUAAUAAGAGGUUUCAGGCUCAUUGUGCUAGCGUAAUUGCGGCCUUAAAUAAUGUUAUCGAUUCUUUGCACGACCCAGGAUUAAUGGAGGCAAGCUUAACCGGCUUGGCUGAGAGGCAUAAAAAUCGCGGCCAAAAAAAAGAAGAAUUUCAGAAUUUGAAAGAAGUGAUAUUACAAGUACUGCGACAAGCAUUGGGGAAACAAUUCACGCCGGAAGUAGCUGAAGCGUGGAACAAAACGUUGGACGUAGCAUUCACGAAAAUCUAUCAAGUAUACGAAUCAUGAAAAAUGAACUUUGAAAGAUUGAAAAAGGCAUCUCCACAUCUCUCUCCGAUAGUUAUUUCAAAGAACGAUGUAUUAUUUAUGUCAUAUGCAUGAUUAAGGUGACUAAUGUUUACUGAAAAUGGAAGAAGAAUCUCAAUGCUUAUCUUUGUUCUAUCGAAUAGAAGUGUAUGUUCCCGUGUUUAAGAUCAUUAAUGUUUAUGUAUAAUAAUCUUUCUAUACUAUAUAAUACAUUUAUAUACAUUUAUUUAUUAUUCACGUCUAGUGGUUGAACUUUUCUAUAUUUUUUUUAUAUCUCAUCCAAAAAAUUAUCUGAAUAAACCUUUGUUUUAUGGUACUUCAUUGUAAUAAAGUAUUUUUGUAUUAAA